CGAAUAAAAGUUUAUGGGGAGCUACAGAGAAGGGUCGCGUAUAGUUGGGGCGGUGCGGUCACUGGAUACAUGCGCUGGACCUACCGAGUGAGCAGCGGGAUGUGCCGUGUAGUACUGGGCGGCUCACUGGUGGGCGUUACAGGAGAUGUUCUUGUGCCUCCGCUAAAUAAAAGAAGUGCCGCUGGCCCCUGAACACUAAGGCGCUGGGUGUGCGUGAGGCAGGAGGGGGAACAAUAGCGGAGAUGCGCCGAGUCGCUGUGGGGGCGCCAUAGCCGAGGGGCGGGAAUGUUGUUGUCCAGAAAGAAAACCAAGAAAGAAGUUUCGAAGGCUGCGGAGGUGCAGGGGAAGUACGUGAAGAAAGAGACCUCCCCGCUGCUGCGGAAUCUAUUGCCUUCUUUUAUCCGCCACGGGCCAACCAUACCAAGAUGGACUCAUAUGUGCCCACCAGAGACAAAUACGACUCCCUACUCUCCCCCAGGAGACGGAGCUGUUUCUAGAAACCAAAGCUUUUUGCGACCACCCGUUCAGAGAGCUCCACAAGAAAUUCUGCGCAGAGAGAGCCAUAGACUUUCUGCUCCUCCCUAUUUAGUAAGGGGACUAAGUGAUGUUCCCAGGGAAUACGCCUCCUCUUCUCAGUCCUUUUUAACCGAUUCCAAUACAGUUCUGGAAAAUGGAGACGUGAACAGCAGAUAUUUUUGCUCAGAUUUUCAGUAUGACGGACAAAGGAGGAGACAAGUUGGGGACUAUAGAUAUUAUGAGAACAACAAUGACCAUCACCAAAGGGUUCCCCAGGGACCUGGCAGGCUCCCAGCUGGUAUUGGUAGAGUUGCCGCUACAUCACUUGGAAAUCUAACAAAUCACAGCGCUGAAGAUAUGCCUCUGCUCCCUGGUUGGACAGUGGACUGGACAAUAAGAGGAAGGAAAUAUUACAUAGAUCACAAUACAAACACUACCCAUUGGAGUCAUCCACUUGAAAGGGAAGGAUUGCCCCCUGGUUGGGAGAGAGUUGAAUCAGCAGAAUUUGGAGUCUAUUAUGUGGACCAUAUCAAUAAAUUGGCCCAAUACAGGCACCCGUGUGCUCCAAGCCAACUUUUUGCAGGAGUUAUUUGCAACCGCUGUUCGGGUAGGACUACAUGGACGUUUUCGUCGCGAUCCGUCGCGCUGCAACAAAACGCCGGCGGCAAAUCGCAUGCGACAGAAAUAAGUGUCCCCCGGUAUGACCAUCCACCCCCUCUCCCUCCUCCAGUAACUUAUCAGCCUCAGCAAGUAGAAAGAAGUCAGCCCUUGCUUGUCCCAGCUAAUCCUUAUCACACAGCACAGAUUCCUGACUGGCUUCAGGUUUAUGCUCGGGCACCUGUAAAAUACGACCACAUCCUGAAGUGGGAACUCUUUCAACUGGCCGAUUUGGACACGUACCAGGGAAUGCUAAAGCUGCUUUUCAUGAAGGAACUGGAACGCAUUGUGAAACUAUACGAGGCAUAUAGGCAGGUUCUUAUCACUGAGGUGGAGACUCGGAAGCAGAGACAGCAGUGGUACUCGCAGCAUAACAACCAUUUCUGACCGUCUCUCUAUUAUUCUCUUUAUCUGUCUUUCUACAACAUUGACCUUGAAAUGGGCAGAACAGAUUCCACGUGUGACUUGCAGCUGGUAAUAAAGAAGUUGUCCACCAACGGGGUCAUCAGAACGGUUUAUUUGUGACCAUUUUUGUAAAGUUUAAGCAAUUGCCAGUGCAAAAUCUUUUGAGAUAUUUAUACAGUUUUAGAAGUAGGAAAUCGGGACACAAUAAGGGAACUUUUCAUGUUUCACAAUCCAUUUAGAUGUUUUUCCAGACACUUUGUAAACAAUGUAUAUUUAUUAUAAACCGUAAACAACUGACUGAACUGCAGCUUAACUAAAUGCAAUAAUGGAACAGUGUUUUACAGUAAGGCCCAUAAAUCUUUGGACAGAGACAACCUUUUUCUAAUUUGGGUUCUGUACAUUACCACAAUGAAUUUUAAAUGAAACAACUCAGAUGCAGUUGAACUGCAGACUUUCAGAUUUAAU